AGUUUGCAUCCAGAUGCCGAUGAAACUGAAUGUUCUACUUCUUUCUGGAACAAAAUCAGUGUGGCUUACUGUGAAGGAUUUUUGGAUUUUUCUAAUUUGAAACAGGCAGAUAUAAAAAUGACUCAGGUUCUGACUCAGCUUCUGUGCUGAGAACUUCUGGACUUGGACUUGCUUUUCUGGGAAUGAUCUUCUUUAAAGAUGUGAGUGCGAUGGGAACAUUUCCUUUUUAAAAAACGCUUAAUUGACGGGUGAGUUCACCACUGAUAAGGAGCGGCUGUUCAUUUCCUCAGCUUCGGCAGAAUACUUAACCAAGAGCUGUGGUCAGAGGUCGGGACAGUCAAUCACUGGCACAAAGAGCUUCUUCUGAGUGAAUCAUAAGGAUGAUGUCAGAGAUGUGCAGGGUGGCAAUCUUCCUCUUGCUGUGCUGGGAAGCAGUAAGCAUUGAGGUUCCCCUCGAUCUCAAGCAACCUCCAACAAUCACAAAGCAGUCACCUAAAGACUACAUUGUCGACCCCAGGGAUAACAUCAUAAUUGAGUGUGAAGCUAAAGAAACCCCCCUUCCCAGCUACACGUGGACACGUAACAGAAAGUUCUUCAAUGUGGCAAAGGAUCCUCGUGUAACAAUGAGACGUAAUUCUGGUACACUAGAGAUUGGUUUCCGAAGUGGAGGGCGUCCUGAUGAAUAUGAGGGAGAGUAUCAAUGUUUUGCUAAGAAUGAAUUUGGGACUGCACUCUCCAACAAAAUAUUGCUCCGUGUUUCAAAAUCGCCACUUUGGCCCAAAGAGUACCUGGAGCCAGUAGUUGUCAAUGAAGGCUCUCAUGCCAUUCUGCCAUGUAAUCCACCGCCUGGCCUCCCACCACCUCACAUCUUUUGGAUGAAUAGUGCCAUGUUACCCAUCACUCAGGAUCGACGAGUCUCGAUGGGGCUGAAUGGAGACUUGUACUUCUCCAAUGUUCUAGCUAAGGAUGCUGAAACAGACUAUAGCUGUAAUGCCCGUUUCCAUUUCACACAUACCAUUCAGCAAAAGAAUCCAUUCACUCUGAAAGUAUUGACCAAGGAAAGCCGUAAUGAUACAUCAGUGCACUUCUCGUUGAACCUCACUGAGUUACACAGUGCACGAGGCAUCACAGAGACCACACCGACAUUUCUCUCCCCUACUGGAACAUCUAGUUCUAAGACUGUUCUGCGUGGUGAUGAACUGCUUCUGGAGUGCAUUGCAGCAGGAGUACCUACUCCUAGCAUUACCUGGUACAAGAAAGGAGGAGACCUUCCAAGCAAGAAGGUUAAGUUUGAAAACUUCAAUAAGACAUUACGCAUAGUUGGGGUGUCUGAAGCUGAUGCAGGUGACUACUCCUGCCUGGCCAGUAACAAAAUGGGCAGCAUUCGUCACACCAUCUCAGUUAGGUACAAAGCUUCACCAUACUGGCUGUCUGAACCGAAAAAUCUGAUCCUUGCUCCGGAGGAAGAUGGAAAUCUUAUUUGUCGAGCAAAUGGACUGCCUAAACCGGAGAUCAAAUGGCUUAUCAAUGGAGAUCCUAUAGAAAGUGCUCCUCCAAAUCCAAGCCGUCGUGUUGCAGGCGACACCAUCAUUUUCCGCUCUGUUCAGAUUGGUAGUAGUGCUGUUUAUCAGUGCAAUGCUUCAAGUGAACAUGGGUACUUGUUAGCUAAUGCUUUCGUCAAUAUCCUAGAUGUUCAGCCCCGCAUGCUAGCUCCACAGAGCGAGGUCAUCAGAGUGAUUGAGAACAAUCGGACUCAUUUGGACUGCCCAUUUUUUGGCUCUCCCUUGCCCAUGUUACGUUGGUUUAAGAAUGGUCAGGGCAGUAACUUAGAUGGAGGACAGUACCGCACCUAUGACAAUGGAACACUAGAAAUCAAACGGGCACGGAAAGAGGACCAGGGCACUUACACGUGUGUGGCAACAAACAUUUUGGGCAAGGCUGAGAAGCAAGUCCGGCUUGAAGUAAAAGACCCAACACGCAUUGUGAGAGCCCCAGAGAACUUGGUCAUAAAACGUGGGGAGAACGCUCGGUUUGACUGUCGAAUCUCAUAUGACCUCUCUCUUCGCUUAACUGUUACCUGGCUCAAAGAUGACAACCCCCUGUCUGGCUGGAGAACUUUGGUACAGACUAUAAGUAAUUGGUUCAAGGAGGUGGAAAGCUUGUUCUACCCAAGGAUGAAGAAAGAUGAAGAGUCAUUGACAGUUACCAAUGUCAACGAGCAAGAUGAGGGAGUUUAUACCUGUAUUGUGAGCACUGAACUUGAUUCAGAUUCUGCCAAAGCCCGCCUUACUGUCCAGGACCGUCCAGAGCCCCCUACAGAUCUAGAGCUCACAGACCCCUCAGAAAGGAGUGUGCGACUUACCUGGGUUCCAGGAGAUGACAACCACAGUCCCAUAAAAGAAUUUCUUGUGCAAUAUGAGGAGGAUCUUUGGGAACGUGGAAAGUGGAAGAAUCUUACCAGCUAUCCCGGAAACCUCAACUCUGUCAUUUUGCCUCUGUCCCCAUAUGUAAACUAUCAAUUUCGAGUCAUUGCCAUCAAUGAGAUUGGUGCUAGCAGACCUAGUCGGCCAUCUGAGCGCUAUAGAACCAGUGGAGCACCGCCCGAAGUGUACCCUCAAAAGAUACGUGGUGCUGGAUCAAGGAAGAACAACAUGGAAAUUACCUGGGAGCCUGUGGUUGGAACUGACCAAAAUGGACCCAACUUACGUUAUAUGGUUUGGUGGCGUCGAAGAGACUCUCGGGAGCAAUGGAAGAACUUAACUACGCGCUAUGAGAAGCAUGUUAUCUGGGACACAGACACAUAUGUCGCCUAUGAAAUUAAAGUACAAGCAAUAAAUGACUUUGGACCAGGACCUGAAUCACCUAUAGUCAUUGGCCAUUCUGGAGAGGACUACCCCAGAUCAGCUCCAACCAACAUCCGUAUCCGGCCAGAUAGCACAAGGGCUAUCAUUAUGUGGAGUCCAGUCUCGUAUGAAAGCGUUCAAGGAGAGCUAAAAGAAUAUAGGGUAUACUACUGGAGAGAAAGUAGCAAGCUCAAAGGGCUGAGUGUAUCAAGGGAGAAGAAGUAUCAGAGUUUCUCAACUACAAGCUCCAAACCCCAGGGGACUCUAAAAGACCUCAUUCCAUAUAGCAACUAUAAGUUGUACAUGGUAGUAGUCAAUGGCAAGGGAGAGGGUCCAACAAGCACAACCCAUGAUCUCCAGACCAGUGAAGGAGUGCCCGGUCCUCCAAGGUAUCUGCGGGUUCAGGAGCGAAAUAUGGACACGAUUUACCUGGACUGGGAUCAACCAUUAGAGCCCAAUGGGAUUUUAACUGGGUACACUCUGAAAUACCAAACAGUGAAUGGAACCAAGGUGGGACGUAUGCAGACUGAAAGCUUCCAAUCAAACAUAACUAGCUACACGCUACGCAAAGCUGACCGAAAUGCACGCUACAAGUUUUAUUUGAGUGCUCGCUCCCAGAUCGGCCUAGGGGAGGCAUAUAUCGUUGACGUUACCCAGUCUACCAAUGAAGCAUACACCAAGGACCAGGUAGACAUUGCCACACAAGGAUGGUUCAUAGGCCUAAUGUGUGCAAUUGCUUUGUUGGUGCUGAUUCUUCUCAUUGUCUGCUUCAUAAAGAGGAGCCGUGGAGGCAAGUACCCAGUGAGAGAAAAGAAGGAUCUUCCCUUGGAUGCCGUUGACCAAAAGGAUCAGGAUGGAUCUUUUGAUUACCGUGAUGAGGAUAACAAGCCUCUGCAGGGCAGCCAGACGUCUCUGGACGGAACCAUUAAGCAGCCAGACAGUGAGGACAGCUUGGUGGACUAUGGAGAAGGAGGAGAUGGACAGUUCAAUGAAGAUGGUUCUUUCAUUGGCCAGUACACUGUCAAGAAGGACAAGGAGGAGACGGAAGGCAACGAAAGCUCAGAGGCAACCUCUCCUGUCAAUGCCAUUUAUUCUUUAGCAUAGCCUUGCAGUGACAUGCGGGCAGAUGGAAGGAGGGGAGAUGUUUUACAUUUUCCCACAGGCACCUGAACCAAAAUCAAGGUGGAAAACAAACCUGAAUACAGCAGGCUGUAGUCUGUUUGGUGGCAGAAUCUCUGGGACAGAAACUUUGGAUACUUCCCUGACUGCCUCAGACAUAUACUGUAAUUCCAAAACGUUUAUGAAGAACAUGACGGCAAUUACGUUUAAAAAGGAGGAAUUUUUUUUUUCCCAGACUUGAGGGGAGGGUGGGAUUGUUAACAAGACAAGUUAGGCUGAAGGAUGCAAGAGAUGUUGAAAGAAUCUUAGCUUCCCAUCCUAGUAAGUUUAACCAUUAUUGAAAAGCAUGCCUAGAGCUCGACUUUGUGAGCAGGACCUUAUUGACAUUUGAAGAUUCUGAUAGCAAGCAUUUAAUUUUGUUUCCUUGGUUUCAUUACUGUUGUAAGCUGGCUGAGGUACCACCAACUUUGAAGUACUUACACCACUCUGUUACUGUAGAAGGUAGGUUACUUCAACCAAGAGGGUGACACAUGCAUGUUAACCUUUCAAGGCUUCUUCCUACUUUGCCAAAGAUCUUUUGACAUUUCAGGUGAGGUGCUAAGGCCAGUCAUUUUCCAUAGCCAGGUCUUUUAUCAGAACUAUGGCCAGUUGAGUAGAAUUCACCUUCAAAGCAGACAGCAUCACUAAAUUGGUAUUUGUAAAAUGUCACUUCUGUAUUUUUGCAUCUUUUAACAGCUUAAUUCUAAUGUAGGGAGUGAUUCCUAAAGUACUAAAAUUAGAUCAGGUAGAAGAGAGACCUUGUUCAUGGAUGUAGGGUUGCUUUUGUACGUUUGAUCUUAGUCCUACUUCUGUCAGAGUACCAUAGAAGCUGGAUAGCAAAAGAAUUAGCAAAGUAGAUAGCUAAAACUCCCACUAUGUAUAUGUAUGAAAUAAAGGGGUGAUUUAUGAGGUGCUUUAUCAUUUAAGCUUCAGUUUUAGACUGAUUAGUUGUUGUAGGCAUGAUCAGGCUCAAAAAAGAGAAAAUGCAUUUGAAAGUUAGGCUGUCCCACAUACAGAACCAUCAUCUCUCUCACACAUUACUCAGCCUGGUGUUUGAGGACAAAUGAGCAGUUUUUUACUUAGUUUCUGUGGAUGGAUGGAAAGGAUUCACCCUCGGAGAUCUCACCCUCUCCAGCCUGGGCACAGUUGUGUUACCCUUAAUCAGAAAUCUGGCAUGACCGUCCAUAGAAGACUGAUGAAUCAACCAGGGAGCACGCAAUUUACCAUACCCAGUUAACAAAACUGCCAAAUAACUUGCUUGCAAUUGAGUUUUUUUUUUAAUUGUUUCUAAUAUUUUAAAUAAUAAAGAAAGAAGAAGGCAGUCAAUGUAAACUCUUUACAAGACAAAAUAUCUUACUGAGGGCAUAAUGAAAGAGAAAACCAACUGAAACUCGGGAUGGCUUGGAGAGCCAUUCGAUAUAAAACUGAAAAUUAGCAGACUCAAAAAUCCUAUCCCACUCUACCAGGCGCCGGCCCGCCAUUGAUGUCUUGGGCUCUUAAAAGGAUAGAGUCUCUCCUGUUGCCUUCAAUUUUUGUCUUUUUUCCUGUUUUAUUUUUGGGUAUCUUUAAUGCAAAACUUGAACUUCCCUCUGCGAUCACAUCAGGAAUCUUGCUUUCAGUACCGCGCUACUGUCUUAAAACUACAGAAUGGAUUUGCAGCCAAGGUACAGACUGCUUGUGGUGUUAAUUCAUUGUCUCUAAAAACUAAAAGAAGCCCAUUUUGAACACAAGGAAGAAGUACACAUUAUCAAGCAUAAUUUUAUUUAUGUUCACCAAAUGAUUCAGCCUCAUCUCUGUUCACUUUUUUGUUUUUAUUUUUGUGUUCAAUGGGAUGGUAUGCAGAAUGUUUUUGAAAAGAAUAUGGAAACUAGCCAUAUCAAUUUAGCAUUUCAUUAUUUAUGCAUUGUUCUGAAGGAAAUUACUGACAAUGUUGAAAACACGUAUAUGCUGUUUGUUGAAUUGCUUUGUAUAUAGAUGUGACUCAUUUAGAAAGAAUAACUGAGUUUGUUAACAAUGUUACAUCUAAGUUUUGGUAAAAAGGAAAAUAUUGCAGUAUUAAAAGCGACUCAAAAUAAAAAAGAAAGAGUUUGGUGGCCAAAACAUAUUCGGAUAUUUAAGGUUCUAGUUUCAUGAAGCAUCAUAGCUGGUAAGAUCCUUGUGAUAUAUUGCAGAAGUAAAUAUCCUGUGUUAGCAUAAGUUUUUACAUUAAGCCAGUAAUAUCUAUGUUUAGUGUUUGGCAACUUGAAGCCUUUUAAGCCUAUCUUACUAAGAUGACUGAUCAUCAUUACUAAUGGCAAUAGUUAAUAUAUUAAAUGAGUAAGGUUUUCUAGGUCAGAAUGUUCAAAUUGGGGUCAAAAUAACCAUUUACGCUGAGUUUUCAUUUGAAAAUAGUACAAUAACCACCCAUGUUUUGCUGCAAUAAAUAGGGACUCAGGUAUGGAGUAUUUGGCAUCUUGUUGUGCCAGCACAAUAGAAACACUUGGUUUUACUUCUCACUCUGUCGUUCAGAUAUACAUUACAGUGUAGUCUUUAAACAGUGGAGUAUAAUAGGUAAAAGGUAUUAAGCAUUUGGUUUACUGAAGCUGACUCUGGAAAUGGAGCUAGAGUUGAAUAUUAAUCGAAAACAAGUCAGCAUAGCCAGAGGUGUUCAGUUCCAUAGAAUGUGUAUAAUAUGCCUUUGAUCAUUCCAAGUCAGCUCUCUGUUUAUUUAAUAAAGUGAAAAUCUGUAAUAAUUGAUGUAGACUAUGCAAUUUCUCAAAACAUUUUCAAAUGAUAGACUUUGUGUCAAUACAGGUAAUGAAUGUGAGGGUUGAUGGCAUUUAAGACUUAGCACAGACCAAGACUGAAGUAAGCAAUCCUUACAAGUGUAGUUUUGUACCAUUCAAGAUUGUUUGUUUGAACAAGGAAAAAGGUUGUCUCUGGCUUAUUCUAGGACUGUAUGUACAAAUGCAAACAUUCAUGCUCAACUAAUUUAGAAACUGGACAAAUUCACUGGAGAGUCCAAUGUUCUUGCUGAUGAGAGCACUCCCUCAUAUGGCAGCGCAGAGUUGAAGUGACCAUUAAGCUUAGUAUUUGGGAGUUUCUCCAGUUUUAUUUUUGAAAAGAGUUUUAGGUUGUCCUUUAAUGUUGUUUACUUGCCAUUUUUUUGAAUUUCAGGUGAUCAACCAGGACUGCACACCAUAACAAUGUAUGUUGCUUGUUUUUUUACUUGGCAAUUUGAGCAUGCUGGCUGUUUGGCUAAGCUGCCACUGUUAGCUGACAUUCCGUGUGUCAGCAGGAAGCUAAAUGUGAAUCCUGUGCUGUUGCAGUUUUAGCUUUCUGUGUUCUUCUUGUCGAACAUGGAGUUAGAUUUCUCAGAAAAAAGAGUGCUUUUCACCACAAUAUAUUAUUGUUAGAAAUAUUAUUACUAUUGAUGUGUUGGUGACAUUUCUUUAAUUCCAGAAAUUUCAGGCGUUAACAAGUAAGCUCUUCCAUGUUUUGUUCCACUGAUCAUUAGUUUCCUAACAGUCAAUUUGAGUUCAGGGGAUGUGAUUUUAAGAUUCACAGAAAUAUGUAAAAAAAUGUAGAGUAGGUCUCCUUUCAUCUUUCGUAGCUCUAUUCAGAGCCAUUGAUUAACGGUUGACUUUCAGUUCUCUUUACAUUCUGGUUGGUUAAAAUAUUAUGCUGUCAUCUUUUGGAAUCUUUUAGCCAUUAAUGAAAUAGUUUGUAGCAAUCUAAACAUUUAUUUUGGCACAUUAUGUAUUCUCUUUUAUGUAGUUUUGUUUGAUCUUCUUAUUUCUUUCUCACUUACUCUUUGUUAACUUCUGUCCAGCUAUAGAUGUUCUUUUUUAAUCACAGCAUAUGUUCUCAUCUUACUGUAGAGUUUUUCUGAUUUUGAUAUAAAAAUUCAUAUUCAAGUAGGUGUCUCAACCACUGUACAUGUCAAGAGAUAACAAUUCCUGAAUUGAAGCAUCUAUGAUAAAGUGUAACCCAAAGACUAAGCACUGUUUGGCCUUGGGAUCUUAUUUUUAGUUUUGGGGUGCACCAGUUAUUGUGUUCAGUCAAGUGAUGCACAACAAACUUGAGGCUAGCUCUUUUCCUAAAGUUUGAGAUCCCACUCAGCAAUUCACUCUUAAACAAUGUUUCUGCAGUGACAAGUUUGUCUUCCUUUGGGGAUUUUCAGAAAUAUUAUGUAUUGAACAUGUCAGUUUUUGCUUAAGUUGCUUUUUCUUUCUGGCUGCCCAUACCUGUCUGUGUUUUAUGCUGGUUAUGCAAAAAUUCCACAUUAUGUCUAGGUUGAAGUGGUAAAAAUUGAGACGUUAAGCAGUAUUUUCUAAGUAUCGGAUAAAGCCUCAGGUUAUAAUUUCCUCUUUGAGCUGUCAAAUUUGGGCAGAGUUUUCUUCAUCAGGAAGCAGAGAACAUCUUUUGUGACUCAGGUGAAUUUAUGCAACCUAUUAACGAGGUUGACGUGAAUAUCUGAUUGUGCACGAGGACCAUGGACACUUGGUGAAAAACAAAAAACUUUGCUGCUACUGAACAAGAUGUGUUAGACGUCUUCAGUAAAACAUUUCAUAGACAGUACCUAGGAUGAAUGCUGUGUCCCAUGGAAUUUUGUCAACUUCAAGUGUUGUUUAUUGUUUCAGAAGUUUGAUAAGGUUAUUAGAGAUACCAGGAACUCAAAUUAGUCUAUAAUGCGAUUGUCACUUCUUAUUUUACUAAUGUUAAAUGCAAUGGGAACAGUGGAAAGAAGGUCAGAAGCUAAACUUGGCUCAACCACUGAGAGAUAGUCUUCAUUCUUAGCAGUGUAUAGUCAUACCAUACUGGCCUGUCUGUCAGAUACAUUAGAAAGUUAAUAACAAUGCCCUUUGUCAACAUGCCAUCUGUAAAGCUGAACUCAAGUUUGUCCACAUACUCUAUGUAAAGGGAUUGUGCCAUUGAACCGUUGUAUAGUGACAGUCAAGUUCUUUACGUGUCUUACGUGUGUCACCUACAAUUAAUCUGAUGCCCAGUGUGGUUCAAGACAAUAACCUCAUUCCCAGGCUUCAUAGGAAAUGGCUUUGUGCUUUUCCAUACUGACACUUUGCAGAAAAUAAGUGAUUUUGUUUGCAUCUUGGUCGCCUUCCCUUUUCUUUCUGCCCUUUUAACAUCAGCCAUGAAUGUGUUUCUUUCUCAAAAUGCAGGACUCCUUGUAUUACUUGGCACAUAUUUAUCCUGCAUUUUCAUUUUUUGUUUUAAAUAUGUAAUAUUUACCAAUUCUGUGUUGGAAGUGCAUGUUCCUUUUUAUUUUGUUGGGAUAACUAUAGAAGACGAAAUUGCAGCACUUCCUGUCUCAUGCUAUUUAAAUUACUGGUAUUUUUGUAUAAGAUUUUUUUUGUUUUCAUUAUUAUGUUAUCAUAAAUGUUACUGUUAUUUAAGUGAAUUCUGUUUGGAAAAUGUAUUUAUACUUUUUAUUUAAUGCUAAAUGUUAUUUGUUAGAGUCAUCUAGUGGUUUUUCAAACAAUAUAUCUAAAGCUCCAGAGGAUAAAAAUUUAGUGGAUUCAUAUAACAAUUCCUAUUGUACAUUUACAUUGAAAUAAUAAUACAGUAUAUAAUUUUUGAAUUUAUACAAUUUAUGUUAUGUCAGGCUUUGUGCUUAACCAUUUGUUUAUAUCAUUAAUAAGAAUUUAACUUUUAUUUUAAAAAUAUAUACAUAUUUAUAUUUAUAUUUGCUUUGUUUUUUGUUUAUGUGGUUUUGCAGACCUUGUCUUGUUCUGCUUGGAUUAAUUUUCUAAUUGUUCAUUAACCCACUGUUGCACAUGGCGUUUAUUUUAAGUGUCAUGUGAGCCAGUUGCUGUCAUCUGGGGGCUCAUCCUUGGUGGGAUCAUUAUUUCUAAUGAUAAAAAAUAAAUAAAUAAAAUCCCACUGUUAAGACAUAUUAAAAGAGAAUCGUUAAAACA